AUGUCUCGAUCCCGCCAUGCAAGGCCUUCCAGAUUAGACAGGAAGGAAGAUGUAAACAAAAAGAAAAACAGCCAGCUAAAGAAGAUUUCCAAGCCAGCCAACAAAAACGUGGCAUCAGUCAAGACUUUAAGCCCUGGAAAAUUAAAGCAAUUCAUUCAAGAAAGAGAUGUUAAGAAAAAAACAGAAUCUAAGCCACCUAUUCCAGGCAGAAGCCUUCUUACAAGAGCUGGAGCAGCACGAAUGAAUUUGAAUAGGACUGAGGUUCUUUUUCAGAACCCAGAGUCCUUAACUUGCAAUGGGUUUACAAUGGCUCUCCGAAGCACCUCUCUUAACAGGCGACUCUCCCAACCCCCAGUGGUCCCAGCCAAAUCCAAGAAAGUUCCACCUUCUAAGGAUUUAGAAAAGCAACACAAUUGUGAUUAUAAGGUACUCGCUGACCUGGGAGUAAAGCACUCAGAAAAUGAUUCAGUCCCCAUGCAAGAUACCCUAAUCUCUCCAACUAUAGAUAAUCUAAUCUGUGUACAAAAUGCCUCCUUAAUUAAAGGUGAGAGCCAAGAGGCAACCCAAUGUUGGUCCCAAAGUGUUGAAGACUCCAAAAUCAGUAUCCCCCUUCACAGUGGCCCUGUAACAGAGAUCCUUUCUGGGCCUUUAAAAGGGACAUGUUGUGAAGGACUAUUUUCUGAAGAGACGUGGAACGAUACCAGCGGUCCCCCUAGAGUGUUUCCUCAGGACACUGUGUGUGCUUCUUUACCCCAAAGAGCAGCUCCCAAAGUUACCUCUCAAAGAAACACCAGCAUUCAGUUAGAAGACUUGGGUUCACGAGUAGAAUCUCUUAAGUUGUCUGAUUCUUACCUGGAUCCCAUCAAAAGUGAGUAUGAUUGCUGUCCCACCUCCAGCUUUAAUAAGGUUAUACCUGAAUUGAACCCUAGAAACUGCUUAUCUAUUGGUGGAUCUACAUAUCCUACCUCUGUAAUGAAAUUCUUCUUAACAGGCUCACAACAAGAAAUCCUUGGUGCUAAACCAGAUCAUCAAGAGGCCUUCAAACCUACGGCAGAUCAACAGGAAGUUCCUGAUAACACCUCUGUCCUAGGGCAGGCCUUUGGUGCUAUCCCACAUCAAUGGGAAUUUCCUGGUGCUAACCUAGUUCGUGGUGAGGCUCUGGGUGAGAACCCAGACCCACCAGAGAUUCCUGGUGCUAUUCCAGUACAAGGAGAGAUCUUUGGUACUAUCUUAGACCAACAUGAAACCAUUGGUGCGGGUAGGGGUGCUGUCCCAGACCUGCCUAUCUUCCUUCCUGUUCCUCCAAUCACAGUUGCUACCUAUAAUGCUCCUCCCAAAUGGCUUGAGUGCCAGAGCACUGUCUCAUAUGGGCUUGAGCUCCAGGGUGCUAUGCAUAUUUUGCCUUUGGGCUCAGGACACACUCCUCAAUCAUCAUCAAACUCAGAGAUAAGUUUGGUACCUCCAGUAAUGACUAUAAGCAAUGUGGAAAAUGAGAAGCAGGUUCAGAUAAGCUUUUUGCCAGCAAAUACUCAGGGGUUCACAUUAGCCCCUGAGAGAGGAUUCUACCACAAUUCACUGGGUAUUGCCCAACUCUCCCAGGCUAGCCCCAGCCAAUCAGAAAGAGACACCUCCGGGGUCAGUAUGACCAGCAUGGUUGAUGUUGUCAACACCACAGUGGUAUCAAUGCCAGUGUCACUCUCCAGUACCUCCUCUUCUUCCUACACAACUUUGCUACCUACUUUGGAAAAGAAGAAACGAAAGCGAUGUGGGGUCUGUGAACCCUGCCAGCAGAAAACCAACUGCGGUGAAUGUACUUACUGCAAGAACAGAAAGAACAGCCAUCAGAUCUGUAAGAAGAGGAAAUGUGAGGAGCUGAAAAAGAAACCAUCCGUCAUUGUGCCUUUUGAGGUUAUAAAGGAAAACAAGAGGCCCCAGAGGGAAAAGAAGCCCAAAGUUUUAAAGGCGGAUGUUGACAACAAAACAGUAAAUGGCCCCACAUCAGAGUCCAUGGACUGCAGUAAAUGUGGUCAUGGGGAAGAACAAAGAUCGGAAUUGAACCCAAAACCCCCUGAAAAUGUAACUGAAAAUGAAGAAACCAUGACAGGUGUUGAGGUGGAGAAGUGGACCCAAAGUAAGAAAUCACACUUAACUGCCCACAUUAAAGGAGAUUUCAGUGCUAAUGUGACGACAGAAGCUGAAAAAUCAAAAACCUCUGCAAUUGACAAGAAACCAAACAAACCUUCAAAAUUGUUUGCACAAAAGCUAAGAAAUGGAAUUAAAAACGUACACUAUCUACCACCUGAAACAAAAAUGUCAUUUAAGAAAUUCAACAUUGAAGAAUUCGGCAAGGCAUUUGAAAACAAUUCCUACAAAUUCCUAAAAGACCCUGCAAACCAUAACAAUGCCAUGAGCUCUUUCGCUACUGGUGGGAGCUGUGAUGAUCUUAAGGAGAGAAGUGAUGCUUUAGUCUUCCAGAAGCCUGGCUUUAACUGUAAUUCUAAUCCUGAAUCUUCAAAUGUCAACAACACAAAUAGUCAAAAUAGUACACACAAUGAAGGUGAUCGACCAACGUCUCUGGAGAAUAUGCCAAGUGAUGAACCAAAAGAUGGAAUUCCAGUUCAAGCAGGAAUUUUAUCCUUAAUGAAAGAUAGGAGAUUAACAGUGGAGCAGGUGGUAGCCAUAGAAGCUCUGACUAAACUCUCAGAAGCCCCGGCAGGGAAUUCCUCAUCCUCAAAAUCAGAGAAAAGGGAAAGUACAGAGCCGAGACCAUCUACCCUAUUUAAUAGCCACCAACCUAUCAGUUCUAUAGAAGACCUCCAAGACCCAAACACACAGGGAGAGUCACCAGACCUUCAUCACAGUUCAUCUUUGGAAAAGCAGAGUUCAUAUAAAAUAGUGAUAUUCAAUGGUCAAAAUGCCGUUUCCAACUCACAUACCAGCUCCACUAGUCCUAACCAGGCACCCACGAAGUCAUAUGCAUAUUCAAAAGUCACAAAUUCAGUAUCACUUAUUAUGCCAAAAACAAGUUCAUCCAAGAUUGACCCCAAUAAAAACAUUUCUAAAAGUCAAAUUACUUAUGACAGUUGUUCUGAGAUAUUGCAUCAGUUGCCACCAGUUAACAAAUUGGGGGAUUGUAACCAGUUACUGGACAAUAAUGAAAAUUUGGACUCAGGUGAUCUAUUCGGUAAGGAUGCAGCCCAUACUCAAAUUGAGGAAGAUGUUGCAACUCAACUGGCACAACUUGCAUCAAUAAUUAAAUCAACUGAUAAAAAUCCCGAGGGCAAAGAAGUAGAAAGUAAAGAUGUGCAGCAAGAAUAUAUUGAGGAAAAGAGCAUAGUACCACAGAAAACACCUGCAAGUGUACAGGAUGAUAGUUCAUCAUCAACAAAGCAAAAGAAUACAAGCCAGAAAAAGACAAAGUCCACCCCAUCAAGAGAGCGUCGAAAAAAGAUACCCAUAGUUGUAAGUAGUGAAGAAAAACAUAAGCAGAAUGAGAAGAAAUGGUCAAAUAAAUAUCGUCUGUUAUAUGACAUUUGGAUUGGAUCCAGACUUCAAAGAUAUGGACAGUUUUGUACACUUGCUUUUCCUAUUCUUUUUGGAGAAAUUCCUCCCAUAACCACAACAAGCAGACCACUGGUACCAACAAAUUCUACCACACAAGAGAAAAAAUUAUUUCCUCCAGUCACUCAGAUACAGUAUGAGAGACGUCCUGAAUCAGCACAGCAAAAAAUGGUGAAGGUUGAACCAUCGGAUUCUCUUACCUUAUUUGAUUUACAAACAGAAUCCAACAGGCAGGCAUCAGCAGAUCAAGCGUGUAAUUCUCAGGUACAGUCAGCAGUGAAUGUCAGUCAGGAAGCUCAUCCUUCUGCCCAGCUUUCCUCUCCAUCUAACCAGUGUGCUACUGUGAUGGGUGGCAAUGACCAAAUACAGUUGCAACCCGAGGUUAAGGAGCAACCCAUGCAUCAGAGUCAGCCGACAUUGCCUGGUAUCUGUAUUGAGACACCCUUACUGGACCAAGCACAAAUUCGCAGAAAUAUAAAUGUAGUUUGUUCAGGUGGAAUUACAGUGGUUUCUGCCAAAAGAGAAGCCUGUUCAUCUGGCAUUGGCAUAUCAGAAAUUUCCUCCGUUGACAGUGUGCAGAAACAAUUUAAUGAUUACGCCAUGAACUUCUUUAGUAGCUAUACAAACCACCUGGUGUCUGUAACUAAAGGUUCUGAACUCCCCACCUGCAAUUGUAUUGAUCGAGUUAUACAAAAAGACAAAGGCCCAAAUUAUACACACCUUGGGGCAGGACCAAGUGUUGCUGCUGUCAGGGAAAUCAUGGAGAAUAGGUAUGGUCAAAAAGGAAAUGCAAUAAGGAUAGAAAUAGUGGUUUAUACCGGGAAAGAAGGCAAAAGUUCUCAUGGGUGUCCACUUGCUAAGUGGGUUAUAAGACGAAGCAGUAAGGAAGAAAAAGUUCUUUGUUUGGUCCGGAAGCGUAUUGGCCACCGUUGUCCAGCAGCUGUGAUGGUGGUGCUCAUCAUGGUGUGGGAGGGCAUUCCUCUUCCGAUGGCUGACAGAUUGUACACAGAGCUUACUGAGAGUCUAAAGUCAUAUAAUGGUCAUCCGACAGACCGAAGAUGCACCCUCAAUGAAAAUCGUACUUGCACAUGUCAAGGAAUUGACCCAGAGACUUGUGGAGCUUCAUUCUCUUUUGGCUGUUCGUGGAGUAUGUACUUUAAUGGAUGUAAGUUUGGUAGAAGCCCAAGCCCCAGAAGAUUUAGAAUCGAUCCAAGCUCUCCCGUUCACGAAAAAAACCUUGAAGAUAACCUCCAGGGUUUGGCUACAGUAUUAGGUCCUCUUUAUCAACAGUAUGCUCCAGUUGCUUACCAAAAUCAGGUACAUUUUGAAACCUUACAUAGCUCUUUAGUUUGUACUUUAACACGGGAAGAUAACCGCACCUUGGGUGUUAUUCCACAAGAUGAGCAGCUGCAUGUGCUACCUCUUUAUAAACUUGCAGACACUGAUGAGUUUGGGUCAAGGGAAGGAAUGGAGGCCAAAAUCAGAUCUGGGGCCAUCGAGGUCCUCAAACCCCAACGCAGAAAAAGAACACGUUUCACUCAGCCUGUUCCUCGUUCUGGUAAAAAGAGGGCUGCAAUGAUGACCGAGGUUCUAGCACAUAAGAUAAGAGCCGUGGAGAAGAAGGUCAUUCCUAAAGUCAAACGCACGGCAACAAGCCACAGUAAGCCUUCCUCACUGCCACUCGUAGGGAAUAAAACUGAGACAGUGCAACCUGAAAUCAAAAGUGAAACGGAACCCCAUUUUAUCUUUAAAGUUUCAGACAACACUAAAACCUAUUCCCACAUGCCAUCCGCUCCUCACCCACCAAAGGAAGCAAAUAUAUCUCCAGGUUUCUCCUGCUCCCUGAAGAGUGCUACGACCACCACAGCGACAUUAAAGAAUGAUGCAAAAGCCUCCCAGGUGUUUUCAGAAAGAAAUAUCAUAUCCCACUGCACGAUGCCUUGUGAAAGCCUCAGCGGUGCCCAAGCAGCUGCUGGAGAAUGCACUGGAAUUGCACAACCCUGUGAAAUGUCCCCUCUUCCCACCCUGUCUACACCUAGGACCGAUUCCUUAGUUUUCUCUGAGCCUCCCACUGGUCCGCCGGAGCAGUCAACUGCUCAUCAGCCAAACCAGCAGUCCUCACUCCUCCCCUCCCCUGACCUUGCUUCCACUCUGAUGGGAGAUGAUGAGCAGCAUUCUGAAGCAGAUGAGCCCAUGUCAGAUGAGCCUCUCUCUGAGGAGCCCCUGUCACAGCCUGAAGAGGGACUGCCCCAUAUUGAUGAGUACUGGUCAGACAACGAGCACAUCUUCUUGGAUCCCAACAUUGGCGGGGUGGCCAUCGCGCCUGCGCACGGCUCGGUUUUGAUUGAGUGCGCCCGACGGGAGCUUCACGCUACCACAGCCGUGGAGCACCCAAACCGGAAUCAUCCUACUCGCCUCUCCCUUGUCUUUUACCAGCACAAAAACCUGAAUAAGCCCCAACAUGGUUUUGAACUAAACAGGAUGAAGUUUGAAGCUAAAGAAGCUAAGAAGAAGAAGAUGAAAACCUCAGAGCAGAAAGACCAGGCAGCUAAUGAGGGUCCUGAAUUGUCCUCUGGAGUAAAUGAAUUGAACCAAAUUCCUUCUCGUAGAGCAUUAACAUUAACCCGUGACAGCGUGGUCACCGUGUCCACUUACGCUCUCACACAUGUUGCAGGGCCCUACAACCAUUGGGUCUGA